GGACCCCUCCAGCCGUGAGAGCCGCCAUCUUGGGUAGGGUGUGAGUGAGAGAGACGCCACUGGACGAGUCGCGGCGUCGUCUGAGCCCUCCCCCCACUUCCUUCCACGACGUCUCGACAAUUAGAACACGGGCGUCAAUCAACUUCGAGUUAUAGACACGCACGUAUCGAUCCCUCUUAUCGCCGCGGCACACGAGGAGAAGCAGCAUCAUCAUCAUCAUGAGCGUGAUCGACUACGUGCGAGAGAUGCACUCGGCGGGUCUCUACUCGAAUGUGCGGCUCAUGAGCAGCCUGCUAAUCACGUUCAGCGACAACAACCCCGAGCUGCUGUCCCCCGGCGCGCACUACCAGCUGCUGGUGUACCACGCGGACGCGCUGCACGCCGAGCGCGAGUUCCGCAAGGCGGAGGCCACGUACCGCCAGGCGCUGCAGCAGAAGAAGUUCCUCGGCAAGUGCGUACGCGUUCGAUCCGGGGCCGGGGCCGCCGCUCCCCCGCCGCCACAGGGGCUGCCGUCGGAGCUGGAGGUGAAAUACAAGCUGGCCGAUUGCUACAUGAACCUGCGUCAAGAUAAGGAUGCCAUCGCUGUGCUGGACACGGUGCCUGCCAAGCAGCGCACGCCCAAGAUCAACAUGACCCUCGCGGGGCUGUAUCGCAAGACCGGGCAGGAGCGUUCGGCCAUCACCUGCUACAAGGAGGUGCUGCGGCAGUGUCCGUUAGCCCUGGAGGCCAUCCUGGGCCUGCUGUCGCUGUCGGUGAAGGGGGCGGAGGUGGCGUCUCUCACGGUCAACACGCUGCAGGCCAUGCCCUUGCUCGAGUGGCUGUCCAUGUGGAUCAAGGCGUACGCGUUCGCCUACGCGCGCGACUACCCACGAGCCAUCACCACCUUCUGCUCUCUGGACAAGCGCAUGCUUCUCAAGGACAACGUGGAUCUGCUCACGAGUCUGGCGCGCACGUACUUCCGCAGCGGUGACAGGAAGAACGCCAUCACGCGGUUCCAACAAGCGCAGAUCCUCGACCCGUACCUCAUCAAAAGCUUAGACCUCUACGGGUACCUCCUGGCCAAGGAACGUCGCUUGGAGGAGCUGGAGAAGCUGGGAGUGAGACUCUUCGGCAUCUCAGACCAGCAGGCGGAGCCCUGGGUCGUCAUGGGCUACUACUGCUACAAGACGAAGAAGCACACGCGCGCCGUCUACCUGGCGGCGAAGGCGAUCCAGCUCAACGGGGGCUGCGUGCAGGCGCUGCUGCUCAAGGGCUCCGCGCUGCGCGCCAUGGGCAAGCUGCACGAAGCCGUGCUGCAUUUCCGCGAGGCUCAGCGGCUCGCGCCCAACCGCCUCGACUGCUACGAGGGCCUGGUGGAGUGCUACCUGUCGCUGCAGCGCACGCGCGACGCGCUCAACCUGGCGAACGCGGCGUGCAAGGCGCUGGGCUGCACGGCGCCGGUGCUCACCAUGUACGCCUGCGUGUGGCUGCACGAGACGAGCAGCACCGACAAGGCCCACGGACUCAUCGACCGCGCGCUCGCUCAGCAGCCGGACCUCAUCAAGGCGGUCAUCAUGAAGGCCGAGCUGCUGCGUCGAGACCAGAAGUGUGAAGAGGCGAUGGCGCUGGUGAGGGCGGCACUGACAAACCGCAGCGUGGGAAUCUUACACCGCAUCCUCGGCGACUUCUUAGCAGCCAUCAACAACACACAGGAGGCCAUGGACCAGUACAGCAUCGCACUGAGCCUGGAUCGGAGCGACAGCAGGGCGCUGGAGGGGAUGCAGCGGCUGGAGCGGGAGGAGGGGGGCGGCGGGGCGGAGGGGGUGUCGGGGGAGGACGACGGGGACGACGUGGAGGGGAUCAGCGGCGAGGACGGCGAGGGGGAGCUCGAGGUCAGCGACACCGAGACGGCGCCCUGGGCCGAGCACGAGCAGUGGUUCGGCAUGCAGUGACACGCGGCGACGCACGCACGGCGACACGCACGGUGACGCACGCACGGCGACGCGCACGGUGACGCACGCACGGCGACACGCACGGUGACGCACGCACGGCGACGCGCACGGUGACGCACGCACGGCGACACGCACGGUGACGCACGCACGGCGACGCGCACGGUGACGCACGCACGGUGACACACACGGUGAUGCACACAGUGACACACACGGUAACACACACGGCAACACAGUGACACACGGUGACACACACACAGUGACACACGGCGACACACACGGCGACACACACGGCGACACACAGUGACACACACGGCGACACACACGGCGGCACACACGGCGACACACACGGCGACACACAUGGCGACACACAGUGACACACACAGUGACACGCGGUGAUGCUCGCACAGUGACACUCGCCGACACACGCGGUAAACACGCGGUGACGCUCGCACAUUGACACUCGCUCACACGCACACGUGACGACACCAACGACAGCCACAACAGCCGCUGAUUCGCCACCAAGUGGCGGUGACGUCACCGCAACGCUCGUGCCGGAGGCUAGGUAACACACACAAAGACACGUUGACACAAACGCACAUCGACACGCAAGCAGUGUUGCAGUAAAGCACAGUGACACACAGGCGGCCACGGCUCACAGUGCUGUUCUCUGCGUACGGUCGGAUCGCGCGCCCUCUUAACUGCUGGGCGGUAUGGGCAGCCUCUGUUGCCGGGUAGUGAUAAACACUUCACCACGAGGCCCAUGUGAGCCUGUGGGGAGGCUGGCCGGUACCAUCUGGAGGGAUGACAAAUUGCUAGCAGUAUUCCACCGUGCGGGAAACAUCUUAGCGUUGCACAAAUGUAUUUAUAUCCACACUUCCUACUCUCGUAUUCCGUGGAUGUUUUCACAUCACAUUUGGGGCUUCCCCCCCCCAAAAUCAAUGUUUCAAGUGCACUGCAGUGGCUUUUAGUGAAAUGCUACCACAGGUGAGCUUGUCAUCAUGCCUGUAUGUGAUCCGGAGAUGGAACAUUUAAAGAAAAUUAUUGUUAACAAAUGGGGGGUGGGCGGGGGGGGAUUUGCCGAUUGGCUAAUUUUGGCUGAUUGGCUCAAGGAGACCACAUGGGAGGCCCUCCCACUCAACUAGCUCCCCCAACUGGCUCGUAUGAAAAAUAAUCACUAUUUAUCCUCAUCCAUUGCGUCCUUUAAUGCGCUCGUUUGGAAGGCGUUGCGAGGAUGUGUACAUAUGUUGCGGGUCUCGAGCGGGAUUAGAUUCGUCAUCGUCGGCUCCUGCCGGACGGCGUGCCCUCUCCCGUGCCACUUGGGCGCCGUGGUGCCCCACGUUCUAAACUCGCUCCCGCGCACGAGCCGAUCCCCUUUCGCUCCAUCUCCGCAUUGUGGGCGUUCCUGUUGCAAGCGCGUUUCCCGCUUUGAGCCGCCCGUUGCGACGUCACCGGUCUCAUCCGUCGACCCGUCGUGCCUCUUGGCGACGCAUUCGCGCCCGAGUCCACUUUUGCUUGUCUGAGACUCGUCAAUGUGAGACGUCUCCGCUUCCCGUUUCAUUCCCGUUUCCUUCCCGUUUCCUUCCCGAUUCCUUCCCGAUUCCCCGAGCGUUCGCUCUUGCCCGCCCGUCCCUUGGCGUGGAUUCCAAGCGUGAGUUUGGCCGGCGCUUCUCUGCACACUUCUCAACCUUUUUUUGUUCCAUUUGUAUUCGCGAGCCGACGAUUGGAAUGCCACGGCAGGAGAAAAUGAGCAUCGCCCGUGUCGGUUUUGGAAUUUGCGUCUUAUUUUUUGCCAUUUCGAUCCCGGUCUGCGAUCAGUCCUUCCCCCUCGGUACACAUUUUGUCGUUUUGCAUACGCGCUUUCUCCAACGCAAUAUUGUCGCGCAAAAUGAUGUUGCGUCUGCUGAGCGUUCACGUGCGCGAUUUUGGUUUCUCAUUUAUCCCAACAACUUCCCAAAACCUCCUUUUUAUUCAAAAUAGCCAGCGCCAAUUUUAGCGAAGAAAGCGGAUUGCGUAUGCAAGCGAACAGCGACUGCGCGUGACAUCAAGGCACGAUCCACCACCACACGGCCCUUGUUGUGUUAUACAUCGGGGUUGGGGAAGCGAUGACCCACAGCCGGGCUGGGACGAUCAACUCCGCUCCACCCGAGAGCCUGCUUUGUUAGCGGGUGGCUCCACAAACUCGCACAUGAACCCAGGAGCUCAACGACGGCAGUGUUCAGCGGUGAAGUAUUUGUUCGUCUGCGCUUCUCCGCGCGCGUGUCAUUGCCCGCUGCCGCCGUUUGAAGACGCUGCCCAAGACAGAAACGGCUAGAUUUGAAGCUUUCGCGACUGCAAGGAUUCAUACCCUUAGGUUUUUUUCGGUAAAGUCACGUAGGUAAAAAAAAUGUAUACUAAAAUAAUAAAUAAAUCACGACGUUUCGGAGGCAACACAAGUCUCCGUCUUCAGGUGGGACCGUCACAGCUAAAUUUACUGUCUCAAGUGAAGAGAAAUCCAAGAGACAAGAUCUUAAAUACUCGUAGUUAAGAUCAUGGGGUGGUGGUGGAGGUUGUGGGUUUAAUAAGAUCUUAAAUACUCGUAUUUAAGAUCUCGUAUUUAAGAUCUUGUCUCUUGGAUUUCUCUAAAUUUAGCUGUGACGGUCCCACCUGAAGACGGAGACUUGUGUUGCCUCUGAAACGUCGUGAUUUAUGAUUAUUUUAUUAUUAUUAUUUUUACCUACGUGACUUUACCAUGGCUCUUUGCAGAGUAACGUCGUUUUUCCGAGGCUGUUACCAUCACCAGAACGCAUAACCCUCCUCCCACUGUUAGGUCACGCAGCUGUGUGACUCUACGGUUUUCCGGUCUCGUUUACGACGCUUCGGGGAGCAUGUACCUUGGACGAGCCGGAACGCACGAUAUUAGCGUCGUCUUAAUUUAAGUCUCGUUGCGAGGGUGGGCGGGCGGGCGGGCGGGAAGGGAUGGGGGCGCGGGGGGGAGGGGUUGUUCUCUGUGUCUUGUGAAUCUUCACGUCUUUGACAUCAGCCAUGACAGGUAUCCCAAACCUUUGCCGAGAAUUCUUAAAACGGUCCGACUUGCACAACCACGGCACUUUGUUUUAGCUUGUGGGGGGCGCGCGAGUGAGUGAGCGAGCGAGCGAACGAGUGGUUCUCUCCAUGCCCCUGUGCCAGAAAGCGGAGCUUGGAGUGAGAGCACGCACGAAACUCGCUAGACAUUCGGUGCAGUCAUCGACGACCGCAUUGCGUCGUCGUCAAUGAAUUUGCGACGCGUCGCACGGCGGGCUGAUCGCAGAAGGGGGGGGGGGGGCGACGUGCGCUUCCCGGCGGCUUUCUUCAUUUGACGUGAAAAUGGCGUGAGCCGUGGUCACCGACUCCACCGCUCGGCGAGGUUGAACCAUCGACGGCUCUUAUACGAAGUGACCAUCUUCAUCUUCUUGGUUCUCUCUUUCGGUAAAGUCACGUAGAAGGGAAAUAAUAAAAUAAUAAAAAUAAAACGUUAUAAAAUAAUUCUCACGACGUGUCGGCCACAACGCAAGCAGCCGUCCUCAGGUGAAGAACAGGUCUGUUGGAAAGACAGCAUCUGAAUGGGCACCACCAGGCUUGGCAGCGUAUAUUUAAGCUGGGUUGGAGGGGGAAGAGCACCUUGCGUUGUGGCCGAAACAUCGUGAGAAUGAUUUUAUUACGUUUUAUUUAUUAUUUUAUUAUUUCCCUUCUAUGUGACUUUACCGAAAGAACCAAGAAGAUGAAUUCCUGCAGUCACGAAAGCUUCAAAUCGAAAUCGAAGUGACCCUGUGGAGGGGGUGGUUUGGGCGGGGGGGGGGGGAAUAUGCUGUGAAGUUGUGACGCUUAACCGUUGGGACCACGGCAGAGGUCGCAAACGGGUUUUGAUUCCUUACCCGUACCCGUACCCGGCCGCACCAGGGUCGCAAACGGGUACCCGUACCCGUACCCGGCCGGGUACGGGUAGCCGUUCCCUACCCGUACCCUACCCGUACCCUACCCGAAAUGAGUGACAAACGGUGACUCACCAGUGACUCACGGCCUACCCGUACACGUACCCGGCCGCACCAGGGUUGCAAACGGGUACCCGUACCUGGCCGGGUACGGGUAGCCGGGUAUCGGGUAGGGUACGGGUAUCGGGUACCCGGUUGCGACCUCUGGACCAGAGGGAGGGGGGGGAGGGCAUCACUGUAAUUGCUCUGCAGCGUUAUCACCUUUCCUGCCGAGAUGCGAGUGCACUUUACAACCAACCCUCUCGGGGCCAUCGGCAUCGUCCGUUGUGGGCGCGAUGGAUAAUCAACGUUUGAGAUUCGCGGCUGUAUUGCCACUAAGAUUACCGCAUUCGACGGAUUAUAAGACGCCCCAGGAGAAAGUCAGACGCAACGCCACCACUAUUAUUAACCGGGCGUCAAUCAAAUUGGACGCAUCUGGUCAUGCGCAUGCAUAGCCCAACGUUGUUACAGGAUGCACCCAUCCUCCCUCGCCGCCACGAUUUGCACGAAAAUACAGGGGGGGGGGGGAUGUGUGUCUUGUAAUCCGCAAGAGGAGUAACUGGACGGCUGGCCUAUCGUGCCGAUCGCAUCCAAAUUGAAACACUACUUCUUGGGAGCGAUGGGUUUUAGGGGGUUCAAAGAUGCCCUCCUUGCUCGCUCGCUCGCUCUCUCUCUCUCCCCCUGUCCACACCGGAUCAAAGUGUCACACACACACGAAGAAGCUGUGCGGGGUUUUUGUUUUGUUUUUACAAAAGGGAAGUGCGGAGUGCUGCCUUGUUACUGUGCUGUUCUCUUCGUGACAUUUGAAACCCUGGUCGGUCGGUCGGUCGCUGCGCUCGUUUGUUGCAUCUUAAACCGCAAGUUACACGUUGGUAUAAUGAAUUGAAUGUCCGUGUAAUAAAUUCCUUUUUAUCGCUU